AUGGAAUUCUUGAGCAACAUAUAUGAUAAGGUCCUGUCCGGUUAUGUGUCCACUGACGUGUUUAAAUAUAAGACGUGGCAAGAGGGAGUGCUAGGGAAAGACAGAAGCGGAUGCAACGGUGAAGGAAAUGAUAAUGACACGGACACUGUGAAGAGAAAGCUAGAAGAAAUUUUGGGGACCUUCGUGAAAAAUGGAAAAAUAUCACAUGCUCUGUGGGCCCAACACAAAAUGUUCAUAGGAGACGAAGGAAUAUAUAUCCUAGGGGAAGUGAUAACCAUUUGUCAAAUUGUGGAGUACGUGGAUGCAGACGACCUGGUUGACAUAAACAGCAACGAAGAAUUUAAGGCGAACAUCUUGGAAGAGUUAAAAAGGAGGUUAAACAUAAAAAGGAAAACGGAAAUGUUGGAGGAGAAAAUUAUUACAAAUAUAUCCAUGUGUAACAGCAAUUUUAAUGAAGACGACGGGGAUGAUGACGGGAAUGGCGACGAGCAUGGUGACGAUAAUGAGGGGGAUGCAGAUGGGGACCGGGGAGGUGGAGGUUUCGGCUUCGGCGAAGGGAGCAGGAUGGACAAAAAAAGAAGGAAGAAAAAAAAACAGGAUAAUCACAACCAUAAGGACAAUAACGAUGAUGAACGUAGUUACAAUGACAGGAGCUACAAUGACAGCGGCUACAAUGACAGUGGCUACAAUGAAAGCAGCUAUAACGACAGCAGCUGUAACGACAGCAGCUGCAACGACAAUCAACGUGAUGACAGCCAACGUUAUGACAAUCAACGUGAUGACAACCAACGUGAUGACAACCAAUGUGAUGAAAACCAGCGUGAUGACUCCAAGCUGGGAGACAAAAACGCCGUGUCCAAUUUCGUCGAAAUGCUAUGCGCAGGAAAAACGAAUAAAUUUGGUUUUUGCGAAUACGACCAAAAGUUCAAUGACAGAUAUAAUCUAAAGAAUAGUAAAAACGACCGCAAGUCGUCCAAGUCGUUAGAACACUGUAUAUUACCCUUUCGCGAGGAUUAUGAGCACAAAUAUGUGUGCCUGCUACUGAACCACUCAGGGAAACAAGAAGCGAGGAUAUUACGAUUUAGUAGGAACUGUGUGGUGUUAAAAGAUAGGAUUUAUGGAGAGUUUUGUGCAUAUAUAAAAUUCCAUAGGAGUGAUCCUAAUUUUAGUGGCACGAAAGCCAUGAAUGAAUUUUUUAAUUCGCUAAAUGAUAGUGCACUGAAGCAGCUGUUCUUUGGCCUGAAUGAACAGAAUUUGAAUUUGCUAGAAGAAGCAAUAUCCUAUUGCCCCAUCGCUACUUUUUCCUUUUUUAAAAAUAUUAAGCUUUUGAAAAAGAUCAAUGUGAAUGCCACUAGGCGGACGUGGAAGGCUGUUUGCGGGUUGCAAAAGUUGUACAAAAAUUUGAAGAAGGUGAGGGAAAAAAUGGCGUUGGAAGACCCCCGAUUCCUCUGCGAGGAGUACAGCUCCUCCUGCGUUGGCAGCAGCGGCAACAUUGAUGCCAAUCGCAACGGUAACAGUAAUGGUAAUGGCAACCGCAAUCAGGGAAACCAUGAUCAGGGAGACUACGAUCAGGGCAAUCGUCACAGCAACAGUCAUGCAUAUCCCCCCUCCAGCGAGCACGUGCGACUGGCACACGCACAAGGUAAUAACUCCCAUCCCCGCGAAUCGAAAUUGCUGCAUGAGAAAGAAAGAGAGUUAGCCUUUAGGAGCAUUAGUAGCAGUGUUCACGCCGGUGGAACGAGCGGCAGUGUCGUCGCGAGUUCGAUCGAUUGCACGAGUACGUGUUCUGUUGCGUGCACCGUUAACAAUUGCAAUCAUAGUAGCGGCCACGUGAGCAGCGGGAUCGUAGGCCUAGGCAACAAAAAAAAUAAAAGCGAUUUAUUUACGGAUAAAUUAGAAAAUAAAGAGUACAACCACCAAAUGUAUAGUAACUCAUUAGAUUUACACACCGAAGAAAAAAAAACUAAAAAUGUAGAAAUUAACAAACUAAAUGACACCUGUUUAUAUGUUACCUCAGAUGAAGAGUGUCUUCAAAUGGCCAGGAGUAACAACGUCACGAGUGAGUUAAGCGGCGCGAACAGAACUAUCGAGGAAAAUAAUAAAACGUUACUAGAUCAAACGAAUAAAAUGUUCAUAGAUGAUAAUUACAGAACGGUGGAUGAAAUGGGAAGACGUUUAAGUGAAAACAGAUUAAUGAGGGAAAAUUCCUUGGAUGAUGUAAGAGCGAACAUGAUAAAAUUAUUUAAGACAUACGGAGGACAGUGUCGUAUUGGGAAAGUGCAAGGAAGGUGUGAAGACGCGACGUUUCAAACGGAUAUACCUCCUGCGUUUGGAAUAUUCGAUGGGGUGGGUUCGUGGAGUUUGGAAGGAAUAGACGCUUCUAAAUUUUCCAUCGGUUUGUCACUUGCUUGUCAGAGGGAGGCAGAAAAAUUAUCGAAAAAUUUAAACGACUAUGCAAAGGUGUCCUACAAUACCAUCAUCAGAUCGAAGUUGCUGUUAAGAAAUUCACUAGACAGCGUAAAAAAAGAGUAUGCAGAUGCGUAUGGCAGCUCGACCGCCAUCGUAGGUUUGAUAGAUGAAUAUACUGGGAAGUGCGGGAUAGCCUCUUUAGGAGAUAGCGUGUGUAUGAUUCUUCGAAGGGAGUUCCUUCCAGGGGAUAUAAACUUCGAAAGAGAAACUUACCCUAAAUUUCCAGUGGAAUCAUUUUUGUAUUAUAAUAAUAAAGGAAGGAACCCUUCCAUAGUGCGUAAAAUUAUAUGGAAGACGAGUGAACAGAAAUGGGAGAAUGGGGCCCCCUACCAACUAUCCAAUUUACCUGACCGUAGUCAAUGGAAAGAUUUAGAAGAUAGAGGCCUACACAGUUUUGUAAAGAUAUUAGAAAAGGUAGAUAUUGAUGGAGAUCCACCCGAAGCCGCUGCCACCCCCCCAUCAGAAAUUUUAUGUAUGCCAGGAGAUUUGAUCUUACUAAUGAGUGACGGUGUGAGUGAUAAUCUUUUUGAUGAAGAAAUAGAAGCUUAUUGUACCUUUGCCAUCAGCCCAGAAGAAGCAUGUGAAUUAGGAGAUCCAAGUGCAUUCACCCCUGCGCAGGAUAUAGCUUAUUCCAUUACGAACAUAGCUAAGAGAAGAAGUGGGGACAAACUUCACUGCAAACCGUUUUUUCCAUUUCUUGGGAAAUAUAGAGAACCAAAUAGAACCUACAAAGGCAACAAGGUAGAUGAUAUAUCCUGUGUUGCCAUAUGGGUAGUCUGCGAAACGGAAGACAGUGUAAAAAAUUUCGUUGCUAACCCGGAUGAGCCGUCCAUACUGGAAACGGACAAAUAUUACUCGAAUAAUUAUUUCCAACACUUUAACAAAAUAACGGACAUUUGUACACCUACGAAGAAAUUUAUUAAAGAGAAAAAUCGUAUCGAACGUGUCAAUUUGCAACACAUUAAUAUGGAUUCUGGCAGGGGGAGCGGGGAGAGAGAAAGUGCACACGGAAAAUUUGGCCAUUCCAAUAGUUCCAAUAUGAAUGCCCAAUUUUCUGCCAACUUUUUCGACUCGUCCGAGACGCCCAUUAAGUUUAGCCAGUCCGAUGAUAACAAAUAUCAAGACUUGAGCGACAUAGUGUUGAAGGACGAGGAUGACGCGAGCAGCGCCGAUGGGGACGACGAGCGUGGCGAUGCCGACAAUAGCCACGGAGGUAACAGUCACGGGGACCAUAGCGACGACGAGAAGGUCACCCUUCCACGUGACAACCACAACACGAUCGACUCGAACAAGCUGAGCGACGACAUGGAUUCCAUGAAGACGCCAAACAGCAACAGCCUCAAGUCAAGAUUUAAAGAUCAAAUUUUCAAUCGGGAUGACUUCGAUCACACCCCCAGGCAAAGAAUAUCAGAUGACCGCCUAGAAGAACAUAUAGAGAGAAUAAAUAACAUGUACAUUAAAACCCCUAUUUUACAUAUUGAUAAAAACUUCAAAACCAACAAAACAAGUGUAAGAAAAACCAAGACAUCCAACAGAGGAAAAGUCAUGAGCAAUAAAAAAAUGGAACAAGGAGACAUGUCAAGUAUGUUGAAUUACGAAACACCGAAGAAGCAAAUGAUGAUGAGAGGAGGGACGAAAGAGAAAGCGAGCGUAGUCACAUCGAUAAACGAAAAAGCAGUUAUGAAUUCCUUUAUAAAUAAUGAAACCCCCUCUAAGUCCAGUAUCACCAAGGAUACUUCAUUGAAAGUAGAUAAAAAAAUUACAAAAAAUAAAAGAAAGUCCGUGUUCAAUUUUGAUAAAAAUGAAUCCCCAAGUAAAAUUGGCUACUCUAAAAAGAGGAGUAAAAAAUCUUAG